UCCUGAAUGCUGAGGACAAACCUCCAGGCCGACUGCCCUGGUUCACAGUUCAUGGGCAAAGGAUGGGAGGUCAGCAGGGCAGUGUACAGGGGUUAGCAGGGCAGAGGACUGGGGUCAGCAGAGCUGAGGAUAGGGGCUCAGCAGGGCAGAGCACAGGGGUCACUUCUGGCAGGGCAGAGGACAGGGUUCACUGUUGGCAGGGCAGAGGACAGGGGUCACUGCUGGCAGGGCAGAGGACAGGGGUCACUGCUGGCAGGGCAGAGGACAGGGGUCACUGCUGGCAGGGCAGAGGACAGGGGUCACUGCUGGCAGGCAGAGGACAGGGGUCACUGCUGGCAGGGCAGAGGACAGGGGUCACUGCUGGCAGGGCAGAGGGCAGGGGUCACUGCUGCGGGGCAGAGGACAGGGGUCACUGCUGGCAGGGCAGAGACAGGGGUCACUGCUGGGGGCAGAGGACAGGGGUCACUGCUGGCAGGGCAGAGGACAAGGGUCACUGCUGGCAGGACAGAGGACAG